AUGGAACGAAUAUUUGACGAGUUCGUGUGUGCCAUUGGAUUCCAAGAGUCAAGCCUUGACCCGUGUCUCUACAUAAAAAUUGUGGAAGGGCAAUGCGUGCUGCUGCUGGUGUAUGUGGAUGACGUGUUGAUCACCGGUAGCUCAUGCGAGCUAAUUGCACACACCAAGACCGACCUGAAGCCGCGAUUCGAGAUUACUGACAGCGGCAAGUGUGCAUUUGUGCUUGUAAUCGAGCUUUUGGACGGCACAGAUGGAAGCGUGACACUAUGUCAGCGUCGGUAUAUAGAUGACACACUCAAGCGUUUUGGCAUGGAUGAUUGCAAGGCCGUCGCAAUUUUAGUCGACAUGAGCUCUCGACUUGUUUCAAGUGAUGCAGCCACCAAGGUCGAUGCUCCUUUUCGCGAAGCUGUUGGCGCGUUGAUGCACCUGACCACUGCAACGCGCCCGGAUACUGCGUUCGCCGUGGGCUAUGUGUUGCGAUUCAUGAAGAACCCCCAAGAAGAACACUGGGUUGCAGUCAAGCGCAUCUUCCGCUACCUACAAGGCACUAAGAUGCACGGAAUCUGCUACAAGCCAAAGGCGAAGAUCGACUUUCGUGGCUACUCGGAUGCAGACUGGGCCGGUGACCUCGCUGAUCGCAAGUCGACUUCUGGUUACGUAUUCAUGCUGUUGGGUGCGCCAGUGAGUUGGGGCAGCAAGAAACAGCCAGGUGUUUCGUUGUCAACAAGUGAAGCCGAAUACAUCGCACUCAGCUUGGCGAUUCAAGAGGGCAAGUGGAUUCAUCGUCUGCUUUGUGAGAACAUGAUGGCUGCCAAUGAUGAAGGACCGGACCUCAUGAUCCAUGAAGACAAUCAGUCGUGUAUCAAGAUGACGAAGAACCCGGUCAACCACGGCCGUGCUAAGCACAUUGACAUAAAGUAUCAUCACAUCCGUGACGAGGUCAAGCGCGGUGAAGUGAAGCUCAAGUACUGUGAAACUGCGGUGAUAUUAGCGGACAUCAUGACGAAGGGACUUCACAGUCCACGCCACAAGGAGAUGACGGCGGCUCUCGGGAUCUGUGCGUGUUCGCAUCGAGGGGGCGUGUUGACGGUCAUCGGUUUCCUACCAGUAUUGGUAACCUUGACUAGCCCAAUCCAAACCGCCUGUUCAGCUUAG